AUGGAGGACAGAAGCAGCUGCAACACUGGCCGGGAGCGCUUGGGACUACGCUUCACCAUAGAAUACCUGCUGUACAACAAGGACAGUAAGAGCAUGAGAGAGGAGGCAAAGAGUCCCCCAAGGGAAAGUAUCGAACUUGGGAGCCCUGAGAAGGGCCCCGAAGGAGAAGAGGGGUCAGAGGAGGAGGAUGAAGAGGAGGAGGAGGUCAAAGUGAAAGAAGAUCAAGAGGCGACCACUACAGACAGUCCACAGGGCAAGCCCACCCAGUCCUACAUCGCCCUUAUCUCUAUGGCCAUACUUGCUUCAGAGGAGAAGAAGCUGUUGUUGUGUGACAUCUAUCACUGGAUCAUGGAUAGCUACCCCUACUUCAAGAGCAAGGAUAAGAACUGGAGGAACAGCGUCAGACACAACCUGUCUCUGAACGAAUGCUUUGUGAAGGCUGGUCGGAGUGACAAUGGUAAAGGCCAUUUCUGGGCCAUCCACCCCGCUAACUUCCAAGACUUCUCCAAUGGGGACUACCAUCGCCGCCGAGCUCGCCGCCGUAUCCGCAGGGUGACAGGACAGCUCCCGUAUGCCCUGCACGCACCCUAUUACCCCCUCAACAGGCCCAGGGGGGUGCCGUGCUGGUGCUGCCCCCCAGCCCACCCUCUCUCCAUGGCCCACCCUCUGUCCUGCCUCUCAGCCAGGAUGUAUUGGAGCUGGGCUAGCCAGUAUGCCAGACGACACCCAUCCCUCCACGCUCCGGUUCAAUAG